AUGCUCCUGAACACGGUCAGGCUUCAACGCCUAGUGUUGAGGUCGAAACCUCUGGGUGCCAAUCACACAUUCGCAAAAUGUAGAUCGCAGUCGACGUCUGCCGCACAAGAGCCCUAUUGGCAAAGAAUCAAACCAUGGAAAGACGUGCCCGCAGAAGACUUCAAGUCCUACCGAUGGCAGCUCGCCAACACUGUGCCAGACACAAGGAAGUUACAUCGUUUCCUGUCCGAUGUGUUACCAGCACAUCUUGGUCCGACGAAAAAUCCUCUACUCAAGAAGAUCAGAACCAGACAACAGUUCAUCGACGACGCAACAGCUGCACUGAAAUUAGCACCAAUGGCAAUCAGACUUACUCCUCACCUGUUAUCCGUCAUCGACUGGGAUAAUCCCCUAGAUGAUCCAAUUCGUCGGCAAUUUCUUCCGUUGGCAAGUGGGAUCGUGCCGGAUCAUGAAGGCUUGAAACUUGAUUCGUUGAAUGAGCAAAGCGAUUCGCCUGUACCUGGCUUGGUCCAUCGUUACCCUGGAAGAGCUCUAUUCCUAGCGACUUCCAUUUGCCCAGUGUACUGCCGAUUCUGUACCCGCUCGUACGCCGUUGGAGCGAAUACCGAAACGGUGUCGAAAUCACCACAGAAGCCCAGUCGCAGGCGAUGGGAGGUUGUCUUUCAGCACAUUGAGAACACUCCGAGCCUCCAUGAUAUCGUCGUUUCCGGCGGCGACGCCUAUUACUUGCAGCCCGAAGAUCUAAAGGAGAUUGGCGAACGACUGCUUAGCAUACCUCACAUCCAGCGCAUUCGUUUCGCAUCGAAAGGCCUCGCUGUAGCGCCAUGCCGCAUUGCAGAUGAAACGGAUCAGUGGACCAACACAUUGAUCGAACUCUCUAACAAAGGCCGAGACAUGGCUAAGCAGGUUUGCCUACACACGCAUAUAAACCAUGUCAACGAGAUCACAUGGGUUACCCGUGAGGCCGCCAACCGUCUGUUCAAACACGGUGUGAUUGUGCGAAACCAAUCAGUGCUCCUCAAGGGUGUCAAUGACACUAAAGAAGACCUAUCAAAUCUCAUCGAAACGCUUGCAAGCAUGAACAUUCAACCAUAUUACAUCUACCAGUGCGAUAUGGUACGCGGCGUUGAAGACCUUCGCACGCCUCUGAGCAAAAUCAUUGAGCUUGACAAAGAACUACGCGGUACACUGUCAGGGUUCAUGAUGCCAGCGUUUGUCGUCGACCUUCCUGGCGGCGGCGGCAAGCGUCUGGUGAGUACCUAUGAUUCGUACGACGCAGAAACAGGAAUUGCAAAGUAUAGAGCGCCGGGUCUGCCUGGUUACAAAGGUGCCCUCGAAUAUGAAUAUCACGACCCGAAAGUGGUAACUGAGCUCGCUGUGGAAGAGCUUCGCCAAGAGCAGGAACAGGCUCUCGAGCAGGAGAUGCCUCUGCAAGAGUUCACGAGCCCCAAUGUACCACGACCCGCGCUUUGCACUCCACUUUCGGGAAUAAUUCGACAAACUCCGCCAUACAUCUACGAAUCCAGUCCCACGCAGGCGUCCAUUGCCGCCAACGCCCGCCUGAUGUCGGUCAAGCCGGAGGAUUUAGCGCCACACAUCGGUACCAACAACUGGCAGCCUUCUGCAGUCGCGGCGUAA